AGAGAGAGAGAGAGAGAGAGAAGAGGUUUGGGAGAGAAAUUGUGCCUAUCAAUUUCGUCAGGAACCGACUCCAACCAGUGUCUCUUUCUGCCUCUUCCUCCUCUUAUCUCUCUCUCUCUCAUCGUCCAAAUCUGUUUCAGAGCUUCUAGCACUCCAUACCUGGAUAUUUUAGCUGAGUAUAGUGAAAAACGUGAUAAAUCAAGACAAAACCCUAGCUUUUUCUCUCUAGAUUUGAAUUCAUACACUCAAAACCCCAAAUUUGUUGUUGAAAUAUAUGUAUUAAAUGGCUUUUGAUCCGAACUCAAUGCCUAAGAAUUUAUGCCCAUUGAAUAUAGCCGGAACAAUGCCUGAAGAUUCUCUCAUUGCGCCGGUAACGACCUCCGGUAGGACUAUUGAGGGGUUUUACGCCAACCAGCCUCAAGAUAUUGGUAGUAUCAGGCCAGUACCCUCUGUUUAUCACCCGGCUACGAUAUCUGAUACAGGGUUUGUGAGUCUAGGGUAUGGAAAUGGAGCUCCAGGUGGGGCCAGUUGGGUGCCCCGAGUGUUGCCACCAGGUGUUGUAGGUGGUGUUUAUUCAACCACCGAGUAUGAUUCUGAUUCAAAUUUCAUGACACGGGCUUGUGUUAAUGCUUCUGAUCAGCCUAGAUAUGAGGGUGGUGAUGAUUCCGUGUCGGGGAAGAAGGUUAAGUUUUUGUGCAGUUUUGGGGGGAAGAUUCUGCCGAGACCGAGUGAUGGGGCAUUGAGAUAUGUUGGUGGGCAAACUAGGAUAAUUAGUGUUAAGAGAGAUGUGAGAUUUAGUGAAUUGGUUCAGAAGAUGGUGGAUAUUUGUGGGCAGAAUAUGGUUAUUAAGUACCAGCUUCCAGAUGAAGAUCUUGAUGCUCUUGUGUCGGUUUCAUGUUCUGAUGAUCUUGAAAAUAUGAUGGAUGAGUAUGAAAAAUUGUUUGAAAGGUCUUCGGAUGGAUCAGCCAAGUUAAGGCUGUUUUUGUUUUCAGCUUCAGAGCUUGAUUCUGGUGGUGUAUUGCAGUUCAAGAAUUUGCAUGAUAGUGGGCAGAGAUAUGUUGAGGCAGUGAAUGGAGUUAUGGAUGUACUUCCUAGUAGUAUUACAAGGAAGGAGAGUAUGGCAAGUGCUACUUCGACACAGAAUACAGAUUUAAGUGGGACAGAGGUUCUUGAUAGCUUAAGCCAUGGUCAAGGAGAUGUUACUGGGCCACCAUCUACUGGUGUUUUAUCACCUAGAGGCAAUUUUACUACCUCUCAAGAAAUUGCAUCCAUAGUGGUGACUGGGGACCCAAAUGCUGCAAUUUAUGCUGUGGCUUCUGCUGCUCCAUUGGGUAUUCCAGCUGCUAAAUCUGUCCCUCUACCAGCAUUACCUACGCAGUUGGAGCAUGAGUUAGAGAGAUCUUUUCUUGUUACCGCACAGCAGCAGCAGCAGCAAAAUCAUUUGCAGCAACCUGGAGUGAGGUUUCCACAGCCUACGCCUUACCUGCAAGCUUAUAUAGAUCCUCGCCCAGAAACUUUGAACCAUUCGGAUUAUGUGCAGCUUCCUUCCCAGAUGGGGUUCCCAACACAGCUUAUGGGGCCUGUUGGACCCGUUUUCACCCAACAGCAUAUUGCUACUGGUGUUUCCCCUCAGCAAUUUAUUCCUGCAGUGCACAUGACAAUGGGACCUUCCUCUCACGGUAGUAUGAGACCAAAUGCGAUUCCACCAUUGGUGCAGCCCCAACAAGUACAGUUGGAGCGUUAUCCUGAAGAAAGUACACUUGGGCAAAGGGUUGUACAGCUUCCUGCUGAUCAAAGCUACAAUGCAUAUCAAGCUCAGAUCUCACCUGCAAUAUUAGGGGGAGGUCAUGGCUGGUGUCAGGUUCCAAAGGCAGAGCAAAUGUCCAUCCCUGAGGGCUGGGUCCCUCAUCAACCGGCAAUGGUUCCUGAGACAAUUCCUAUUUUUGAGAACUGUCAUAUGUGUCAGAAAGCAUUGCCUCAUGCACAUUCAGAUACAGUAGCACAGGAUCAAAGAGGAAGCCCUGCAAGCACCAUAUCUGACUCAAACUCUAGUUAUCACAGUCUCCGGCUGGAUGAUAAAGGCCGUCCAGUGAACAAGGCUGUUGUAAGUGGAGCCUUUGGGGUAGGUUUUGUUGAACAACAAGGGGCUGGGGCCCAACCAAGAGUUGUAGGCCAUAUAGAUCAUGAAGCAGGAAAACGUCAAGCAGAGGGAGUUGGGAUCUCACAGAAUGUCGAGGGCCAGUAUGAAAAUGACAGAUGUAUUCUCCAAAAAGCAAACAAUCCUGAUCAUGCGAACAUAUUAGUUCCGCAACUAGAGUUAGGGUUGACAGGUGACAUGCAGUCUCCGUAUGGUGUAUACACGCCAAUACUUCCUCAAUCAUGCCAAGAAAAUGCUGUCCAGCAGUUCGUGGUGCCAACUCAAAACCAGGUCAAACAGGAUGUCUUGAUGAACAGACCAGGUAAUGAUGAUAUUCCUCCUGUUGGAGGGAUGCCUUUCCAAACUUCAGAUCUUGUGGUUCAUGAAUCUCCAAAAGAUAAUUCUGGCAAACUUCUUGGUAUUGUUCCUAAAGAAGAUAUUGUAGAUGCUGGCAUUACGUAUGACCAUUUCAGACAAAUUGAUGGGGGGAUGGGUAAUCUAUGGAUUGGCCCUCCUGAAGCUUUGGUUGUCAAUGAGCGGAGUAAAUCACCAAUGGAUAAUCCCAAAAAGGAUGGCAUUUUGGAAAGCAGACCACAGCAGAUUACUGGGAGGGAGGCAUACCUGGAUAGUACCUUUAGCAAAACGAAUAUGGCAUUGGACCCAAAUUUCAUCAAACCAAAUGACAUGCUUCCUUCCUCUAAUGAGACUACUUGCUUCCAUAAUUUUCGACCAGUGGAGUCCUGUGAAGUGUGUCAACCACCUCGUUUAGGCCACUUGACUGAAAGAAUUCAGCCUAUUGGGGAAUGGAAGGAUAACCCUUCACAAUUUCAGCCAAAGAUUGUCCCUAGUAAUGUGGAAUCUGUUCUGUCAGAUGGAUAUACACCAUCUUCUAUAUCUCCAUCUAACAGAGUUGGAGAUUUACAGGAUAGCUCAAACUCACUUUUCAGCAACCAGGAUCCAUGGAUGCUGCAGCAUGAUACUCAUUUUCCUCCACCUAGACCAAACAAACUUACAAUUAGAAAGGAAGGUUUGGGUAACCGGGAUCCUCUUGGUGAUGAUCGUUUUAGCAACAGUGGUGAAUCACCUUCAGGCAAUGGUGGGGGAUUGACUACGGAGGAUGAAGUUUACCUACCAUCUGGCCAUUUGGAAAUGAUUACUGGUGCAGAACUUUACCGGUCCAACAAAGGCUCAGCGGAGGAAGUAAUCAAGCAAGAACUUCAGGCUGUUGCUGAGGGUGUAGCUGCUUCUGUUCUUCAACCAUCCAUGCCUUCUAAUCCUGACUUGACAAUUCUCGGGAUGAAUGAGUCCCCUAAAAGCAAUCGAAACAGUGAACUUCACCAUAGUGAUGGGGAAAAACAACAUACAGAUGAAUUUGAGGACAUCAAGACCAAAUUGCCUGAAAAGGCAAAUCUUGGUUUUCCCGUAUCAGAUGGCAUUGGUCGCUUACAGAUUAUUAAGAAUAGUGAUCUUGAAGAGCUUCAGGAAUUGGGUUCUGGUACCUUUGGUACUGUAUACCAUGGCAAGUGGAGGGGUUCUGAUGUUGCAAUCAAACGGAUCAACAAUAGGUGCUUUGUUGGGAAACCUUCGGAAGAAGAACGCAUGAGGGAUGACUUCUGGAAUGAGGCAAUUAAGCUUGCUGAUUUGCACCAUCCAAAUGUGGUGGCUUUCUAUGGUGUUGUACUUGAUAGUCCUGGUGGUUCUGUGGCAACAGUCACAGAAUAUAUGGUUAAUGGUUCUCUAAGAAAUGCUUUGCAAAAGAAUGAGAGAAACCUUGAUAGGCGUAAGCGUCUCCUGAUUGCCAUGGAUGUGGCGUUUGGGAUGGAGUACUUGCACGGAAAGAAUAUAGUGCACUUUGAUUUGAAAAGUGACAACUUGCUUGUCAAUCUACGUGAUCCACACCGUCCAAUAUGCAAGGUUGGUGAUUUGGGGCUUUCCAAGGUGAAGUGUCAGACAUUAAUCUCUGGUGGUGUGCGGGGAACUCUUCCUUGGAUGGCACCAGAACUUCUGAAUGGCAGCAGUAGCCUUGUUUCUGAAAAGGUUGAUGUUUUUUCAUUCGGCAUUGUAAUGUGGGAACUUAUUACUGGAGAAGAACCAUACGCAGACUUGCAUUAUGGGGCUAUCAUUGGUGGUAUUGUGAGCAACACAUUGCGUCCGCCUGUGCCAGAAUCCUGUGACCCAGAAUGGAGAUCACUCAUGGAGAAGUGUUGGUCGUCGGAGCCGUCUUACAGGCCAAGCUUCACUGAAAUUGCAAACCAAUUACGGUCUAUGGCAGUCAAAGGUUCCCCAAAAGGACAAACCCAGCAUCAACUCAAUGGAGCCCCUAGUUAAAAAUUAAUUUUACAAAUGCUCUCCACUUGCACGUUUUUGCUCGUGUGUAACAGAAACUGGUUUUCCAAUUGAAAACUCGGUUACUUAAGUAAUUAGUCAAUUUGUUUGAUUGACCUUUGCAUGUUAUUCAUCCUUUUCCCUAUUUUUUGGGGAAACUUUUACUGCCUGUACCGAAAGUUACAAUUUUUUUAAAGUUAAAAGUGAUAAUUUUUUUUAGGUGUAAGUUAACAUUUUAAAAAGCAUAGACG